CUGCAUUUGAUGCCCGUCACAGAGCGGUUAUACAAUCUGUGCCCUGACUUGAGCCUGCCAGAACUAAAACCUUACCAUGUUCUGCCUUCAAGGGCUGCUUCACAACCAGCUGCCAGAAUGAUGAAAACCGAAUUCCCGGGAAGAAAAACGAAGGACUUCAAUCUCCGGCAAAUAAAUCAUGUGUGAGAGGAAGCCACGGUGACAAAAUGGCUUCUCGCGAGUCGAAGACUGGCACAAAGAUAAAUGUUACUUGGGCAGCUGAGGAAUCCAGUCCAGUGGAUGAUUAUUCCACACCUGGGGGCUAUGAGUUGGAGAAAAUCCUCAACCGAGGGAGUGUGGCUUACACUCAUGUCAACGAGGUUUGGCCUAAUGUCUUUAUUGGGGAUGAGGACACUGCAAAGGACAAGUACACACUGAAGAAGCUGGGAAUUACGCACAUCCUGAAUGCAGCAGAGGGGACGUGGAACAAUGUGGACACUGGAGCUGGCUACUACAGUGACAUGGACAUUGUAUACUAUGGUGUAGUAGCAGAAGACGUCGCAACCUUUGACCUCAGCCAGUAUUUUUUCUCCGCUGCCCAGUUUAUUGAGAAGACACUGAGCAAUCCUCAGAAUAAACUGCUGGUGCACUGCGUGAUGGGAAGGAGUCGGUCCGCCACACUUUUCCUCGCCUAUCUCAUGAUCUGUGAGAACAUGACGGUGGUCGACGCCAUAGAGCACGUAAAAAAACGCAGGCGUAUCAUCCCUAACUGGGGCUUUUUGAAGCAGCUGCGAGAGCUGGAUCAGCACCUCUUGGAGAAAAGGGGGGAAUCUGCAGGGGAAAGCUGAUUGUGUGGCUGAUCAGUCUGAGACUAAUGUCAGUGGAGACUAAGUCAAAUCCCAGCCAUUAAGACUUGUCCAAGUCACGCUACGAGUUACAGCCAUGUGGAAAAAAUAAAGUCCUAUUAAAACUAA